AUGGAUUAUGGAAGUUUAGAGCAUGAGAGGCGUAUGGCCGAUGUGGAAGCCGCGUAUGCGAAAGAACAAGCGCAGCACGUAAGUCACUCAAAGGUAAGAGGCAAAAAUGCGCCACAAUAUCUCGAGAAAGGAACCCUGCUCUCAAAGAAGUAUCGCCUUGAAAAAAUGAUCGGCGGUGGAGGAUUUGGUCAGAUUUACAGAGCCAUAGACAUAGAAAUGGGCACAGUCGUGGCAGCAAAAGUGGAACCACAGUCGGAGGACGCUGGCCGUAUGGUGCUUGAGCAAAUGGUGCUUACGAAACUCGUCGGUACACGGCAUUCGCCAAGAUUGUAUGCUUCGGGAUGGAUGAAUAACUACAACUUCAUCGUUAUGCAAAUGUUGGGAAGAAAUCUCACUGAACUGCGAAAAGCACAGGCAGAUCGCCGCUUCAGUGUGCAUACGACGGUACGAGUUGGAAUGCAAAUCAUCGAGGCAUUGAAAUCCGUGCACGAUUUGGGAUUUCUUCAUCGGGAUGUCAAACCCUCUAACAUGUGCGUUGGCAUCGGUGAACAUCGACGAAUCAUUUAUCUUGUUGAUUUUGGAAUGACGCGACAAUUCCGUCUUCCCAACGGUGAAUUUCGUAAGGAACGUGCUUACGCUGCAUUCAGAGGCACUAUGCGUUAUGUGUCCUUGUCGGUGCAUGAACGGAAAGAACAGGGUCCCGUGGACGAUCUCUGGAGCAUCUACUACACACUAAUUGAGUUGGCUGAAGGCUCAUUACCAUGGCGUACUAUCACCGAUCAUGACGAGAUAUUUCAGUUGAAGAGGCGCAUGACGUGUUACGAUUUGUGCAGGUCAGCAGAUCUGAAGGGGAACCAUGAACCCGUACGAUACCCAACGGCAGAUAUUUGCAGACACCUUCCACGUCAUUUUGAAAUGUUCCCGAUUUUGCUUCGUGAUCUCUGCUACACUUCAAUUCCUGACUACAGCAAGCUCGUUCUGGCGCUGAGGCGAUGCUGCAAACUGGUCGACGAUGAAGCUGACUUCGAAUGGGACGACGAAAAUUCGUCGAUUUCCAACUAA